CACCGCCCGCUUCCUUCUUCCGGGAUCGCGAGUGUGCAACAUCCUCCGCCGAGAGAAAUCAUGUCUCAUCAGACGGGCAUUCAGGCUGCAGAUGAGGUGAAGGAUGUUUUCGGCAACGCCAGAAAUGGACAAUACAGACUGCUGAAGAUCGUCAUCGAAAACGAGGAGCUGGUUUUAGGCCUCACCAAGCCGGCGAGCCGCAGCUGGGAGGAGGACUACGAUGCUCUUCUACUUCCUGUGCUGGAGCAGGAGCUGCCGUGCUACAUCCUGUUCCGCCUGGACUCCAGCAACAGCCUGGGCCACGAGUGGAUCUUCAUCGCCUGGUCACCUGACCACUCACCUGUGCGACACAAGAUGCUGUACGCCGCCACCAGAGCCACCAUCAAGAAAGAGUUCGGCCUCGGACACAUUAAAGACGAGAUGUUCGGCACCAUCAAGGAUGAUGUUUCUCUGAGCGGAUAUAAGAAACAUGUAACGGCUCAGUCUGCACCGCUGCCACUCACAGCAGCAGAAGAGGAGCUGCGGCAGAUUAAACUCAGCGAGGUGAACACAGACAUCCAUGUGAACACAACUAAGCAGACUCUUCAGGGUGUUGCAUUUCCCCUGGACGGUGAGGCGAUGACCGCUUUACAGAAGUUUAAGGACAAGAAGCUGAGCUACGUGCAGCUGAUGAUCAACUUCGAGAAGGAGCUGAUCGUGUUGUCCAGCACUGAAUCUACAGAGGUCAAAGAUCUGCCCAAGAGGAUCCCCAAAGACGCGGCGCGCUACCAUUUCUUCCGCUUCAAGCACUCUCACGAGGGAGAUUACCUGGAGUCUGCAGUGUUCAUCUACUCUAUGCCGGGCUACAGCUGUGGGAUCCGUGAGCGAAUGCUUUACUCCAGCUGUAAAAACCCUCUGCUGGACAUGGUGGAGAGCAAACUGCAGAUGGAGGUGGAGAAGAAGAUGGAGAUUGAUAACGGCGAGGAUCUGACGGCUGAUUUUCUGUAUGACGAGGUUCACCCGAAGCAGCACGCGCACAAGCAGGCGUUUGCGAAGCCACGCGGACCGCAGGGGCGUCGGGGAGAGCGCAGGAUCACGCGCCGACCCGGAGACGGACAGCAGGAUGACGACUAGCGCUAGCAGUUAGCAUCAGCGUCAGCUAUGCACAUCCAUCAUCAAAACUGUGCCAAACCAGAACUCACACAACCUCCAUUCCUUCAGUUCCUCACCUUUAUAUUUUAUACAAUCACGAGGGAAACGUUUCGAUUUAUUUGUUUUAUUUCGUUUUUUACGACUUGUUUUGAUACGAUCGUGUUUUUGUUCAGUUUUUCCUAUGCAAACGGCUGAUUUGUUUUGGCAUGUUUUUAUAAUUUACGUCCAAAAAGGGACGAUUGAUGGAUGAAUAUUUAGGUCAUGUUCUGGGGUCAAAGGUCACAAUAUCUACUGUCAAUUGGCAAACCACUGUUUGAGUCUGACAUGUAGCCUGUGCGUGUGUGUGAGAGAGAGAGUGUGUGUGUGUGUGUGUGUGGACAGAAAUGCUCAUGUUUUGUUUUUUAGAGAAAAAUAAACUAUUUAAAUGGUU